CUCUCUUCCUUCUCUCCCGUUUCUCUUUCUAGAUUACCGCAAUUGGGUGGCUUCAAUAGCUUUCAUGGUUUUCUCAGCUUUUCCCUAAUGGGAAUUUCCUCAAAAGGGUUGAUGAAUUAAGAGCUUCCAGCGACAGAUAUAAAUUGCUCGUAUUCAUUGACCGAAUCUCGUUUGGUUCCAGCUAAGUUGGGUAUCCUAUUUGGUAGCUCACAUGAUCGAAAUUCCACCAAAAACCUUGUCGGUGUUAAUUAUAACACUAGAGUUUCUAUAAAGGGUUUUACCCAACAUUUAAGUAAAUGGAUAGGGCCGACACAUCAGGUUUUGUGAGCGGGGGAGGUAGCUCAUUAGGACUUAUCUUGCUUGCUUACUUUAUUCUGAUUUAUGGAUCAUUCUAUUAGUACUCUAGCAUUCUUUUAUCAAAUUUCCAUUUCUCCCUUUGUGUGAUAUCGAACAGCCAUGAUGGAUUGUAAUAAUAGUAACAAUAUGCUUCUUAUUUCAAACGGUGAGCUAGUAAGGUCUAAUAAUUUUGGUGAUACAACUUUACGAUUGGAUUGCUUUGGUUAUCGAGGAAGUGAGAGCUGCGGAGCCAACAGCAAAGCAAAAAGGAUCGUGCAGAUGAAUAAUACUGUUGAUGAUGGUUGCGGGUUGGUGCUUGGUCUGGGCCCCACGCCUAGUUUUCCCGGUGAUGAUUAUUAUUCUGUUGGUGGCAACAAAGACAAAGGCUUCACAGCGCUUUUAAAUCAGGACCUGACAUCUGAACAUGAUUCUAUCCUCAAGCUCGGCCUCUCGGGAAGCAUUGAUGAUGCUUCUAAUGUGAUUGAAUUUUCUGUCUCGAAUCAUUAUUCCGAUCAAUUGUCUUCAGAUGGUAGUAGGCUUUCUGUUCCAGUUGUUGAUGAAGGUUCAACGUCAGCCAAGAAAUCGGGUGGGUAUAUGCCAUCGCUUCUUUUGGCACCGAGGAUGGAGAACAGUGAAGUUUCAAUAAUGCAGUCAAGAAAAUUGCUCGAGCUGGGUGCUAAAUCGCAUUGCCAUCUACCUCAGAUGAGCUCUGAACCGUCUGCUAUCUCUGAUUACUCGAGGAGCACGAUCUCUGAGCCAGUAGGAACCGUGACAUCCUCAGAUCGCAGGGCGAGCAAUCCUAAGAGAUGCAAGUUUACAGGCUGUACGAAAGGUGCUCGAGGGGCUACGGGUCUUUGUAUUGGCCACGGAGGAGGGCAGAGAUGUCAGAAACUCGGGUGCAACAAAGGCGCUGAGAGCAGGACAGCGUACUGUAAGGCCCAUGGUGGAGGAAAGAGGUGUGAGUAUCUCGGGUGCACUAAAAGCGCUGAAGGGAAGACCGACCACUGCAUUGCUCACGGUGGAGGGCGACGAUGUGGCUACCCGGGAGGGUGCACGAAGGCAGCGCGGGGAAAGUCGGGGCUUUGCAUCAAGCACGGUGGAGGGAAGAGGUGUAGGGUGGAAGGAUGCACUCGUAGUGCGGAGGGGCAGGUCGGGUUGUGUAUCUCUCAUGGCGGUGGGCGUCGUUGCCAAUACCCCGGUUGUUCCAAGGGCGCCCAAGGAAGCACAAUGUACUGCAAAGGCCAUGGCGGUGGGAAGAGAUGCGUGUUUGCGGGAUGCACGAAAGGCGCCGAGGGGAGCACGCCUCUCUGCAAGGCUCACGGUGGGGGAAAACGGUGCCUUUUCGACGGUGGCGGGAUAUGUCCUAAAAGUGUACACGGGGGCACGAAUUUCUGCGUUGCUCAUGGCGGUGGAAAGAGAUGUGCUAUUCAAGGCUGCACCAAGAGUGCUCGGGGGCGCACCGAUUGCUGUGUUAGACACGGGGGAGGAAAGCGUUGCAAGGUCGAGAAGUGUGAAAAGAGCGCCCAAGGUAGCACGGACUUCUGCAAGGCUCACGGAGGGGGAAAGCGUUGCAUCUGGGGAGGAGAAGGGAAAUGCGAGAAAUUUGCGAGGGGGAGAGGCGGCCUCUGUGCUGCUCACAGCAGCUUGGCUCAAGGAAUGGAGACGAACAAAGGAAGCUUGAUCGGGCCAGGGCUUUUCCGGGGACUCGUUCCAUCAACCUCCACCGUAAUAACCAGUUUCGAGAACAACCAUUCUUCCUCCAUUGUCAGCGCAACCUCAGACUCAGCCAACUCCUCCAAACGACGACAACUCAUUCCUCCUCAGGUACUGGUUCCUCUGUCAAUGAAGGCCUCAGCAUCCUGCUCGGGCCCAAGAAAUUCAGAGAGGCCAGAGAGAACCUCUGCAAUUGGUGGUGGGAAUAGCGACGCUAGCAAGAGCUUCGAAUUUGCAAUUCCCGAGGGAAGAGUCCAUGGCGGGGGCCUUCUGUCGUUGCUCGGUGGCAACCUGAAGAACGCAAUUGUUUAAAGUUGUUCACUUUUGUUGUUGUUGUUGUUGUUUUAGCAGACAUUCUGUCUUCUGAUCUGUGCUGGAAACUCCUGCAAAUUUCAUUCCUCAAAUUUGCAGCUGUAUGCAUGUGUUUGUGGUAACUGUCAUCUUGUCAAAAUGUAUUUGUUGUUGUUCAGUAUUCCCAAAUAAUGCCAAUGUAUGUAAUAAAUUGAAGGUUAUGUAUUUAUAGAGUCGAUAUAGAUGAAAAUCUUUCUGA